AUUCUGAAAUUGGAUUUGUGGUCAAGUGAGGCCCGCCCCGCUUCUUCCUAUUAUAAAUUCUCGACGACUCUCAUUUCACUCCUUUUUCCCCUCUCCGUCUCUCUUUCCCUCUCUUUCUGUGUCAUCUUCUUUCUCCAUUUCUCCCCGUGUUUUUCGUCCAUUGAGAUCUGAUUAAUUCGGGAAGACGGAGAAAGGGAUGCGCUUUUUUCUUCCUUUCUAGGGUUUCUUUUCUGCCUCGCCCUCCAUUGCUUUGCAACUGCGUGUUUCUGCCGUCUGUCCAUUGCGGCUUUUUCUUAUUUGUUUUGUUUUGUUUUGUUUUGUUUUGUUUUUUUUAAUGGACGGAGGGGGAGGAACUUUGCCUUCAAUGGAUGCUUUUGAUUCCUUCCUCUUCUCUCUUAGCAAUGCAUUUUCUACUCCUCUUGCACUCUUCGUUCAGAUCCAGGGAUGCGUUAUCUGCCUAGUUCUUGCUUUUGGGUGGGCUUGUGCUGCUUAUGUCAGAAAUAGAGAAAUUAAACGUAUAAAGAGGAGAGUUCGAGCUGGCAAUAGCUUUGCUUUCAUUUGCAAUGACAUCAGUGAACUCGAGCACUCCAAUCAAGUCAAUCUACCGAGGGUGACAGUUAUUAUGCCUUUAAAAGGCUUUGGAGAACAUAAUUUACACAAUUGGAGAAGCCAGGUGACAUCCCUUUAUGGAGGUCCUUUAGAAUUUCUUUUUGUGGUGGAAAGUACGGAGGACCCUGCUUACAAUGCUGUAUUGCGGUUGCUAUCUGAUCAUAGGGAUGAUGUGGAUGCUAAAAUUCUUGUGGCUGGGCUAGCAACAACUUGCAGCCAAAAAAUUCACAAUCAAUUGGUUGGGGUGGAGGAAAUGCAUAAAGAUACCAAAUAUGUGUUAUUUUUGGAUGAUGAUGUUAGGUUACAUCCUGGAACAAUUGGAGCCCUCACAGCUGAAAUGGAAAAAAAUCCUGAUAUAUUUAUCCAAACUGGAUACCCUCUUGAUUUACCUUCGGGGAGUUUAGGGAGUUAUUGCAUCUAUGAGUAUCAUAUGCCUUGUUCAAUGGGCUUUGCUACUGGUGGUAAAACAUUUUUUCUUUGGGGAGGUUGCAUGAUGAUGCAUGCUGAUGAUUUUAGAUAUGACCGUUAUGGAGUGGUCUCUGGACUUCGAGAUGGUGGAUACUCAGACGAUAUGACUCUAGCGGCUAUAGCAGGUGCUCAUAAGAGGCUUAUUACAUCACCUCCUGUUGCAAUUUUUCCUCAUCCUCUUGCAAGUGAUCUAAACUUGGGAAGGUAUUGGAAUUACUUGAGGAAACAAACAUUUGUUUUGGAAUCAUACAUAUCACAUGUUAACAAGAUAAUGAACCGAGCAUUAUUUACUUCUCACUGCUAUCUGUCGUGGGGGUUUGUGGCACCAUACUUUAUGUCUAUGAUCCACGUUGCCGCAGCACUACGGUUCUAUACUAAAGGGUACUCACUCGAGGAAGCAGGUGUUAGUUCUGUGGGGAUGUCAAUGGUCUGCAGUCUUGCUGCAUGCACCGUUAUAGAACUCUUCUCAAUGUGGAACUUGACACGGGUAGAAGUUCACUUAUGCAACAUUCUGUCCCCUGAGGCUCCCCAGCUCUCUCUUGCUUCCUACAACUGGGGAUUGGUAUUCAUUGCAAUCUUGGUGGACAACUUUUUGUACACUAUCUCUGCAAUACGUUCUCAUUUUUCUCAAUCAAUCAACUGGUCUGGCAUUCGAUAUUACUUGAAAGAUGGGAAGAUAAACAAGAUUGAAAGAAGUAUACCAAAAGUUGAUAUGGGUCCAAUUUAUACGGACUUGGGAGGGAAGCAUUUGUAUGGAAAGAAAGGAAUGGCUCCAAAGGUAUCAUUCCUGGGCUCCUUGGCCAAAACUUUGGCACAGUGGCGUCAACCUAAGAAAUUCGAUAGCUAGGAUAGAGUUGUUCACAAGAACUGCUAAUUAUUGAUGAUAUGAUGUGUUCCCAUUUGGGGAUCUCAUGGGGAAGGGCCAAUAGAGCAAUAUAGGUGAAAGAGUGGAUUGAAUAGCUUAGAUUCUUUGGGACUACUCUGCCGCUCCAUUUGUUGAUUGUUCAUUAUUAUAUAGAGUUCUAGGCACUUCCUCUCAUUCUUUUCUUUAUUCCCGUUUCAUCCAUUUUAUUCCCACCUCGCCAGGGUUUGAUUAGGUAAUUGGCAGUGAUUUUUUUUCCCCCAUGUGAUUCUUGUAAUUUCAAUUAUACGACCUUGUGAUUUCCCCUCUUGUUUGCUAUUUGAAAUGAUGUAACUCUGGUAGUGACUGUCUAGUGAUUAUUGUGUACCUCCUUGUGCCCUUGGUAUUUAUGAUAUUGUAUUAAGUAUUUAAGUAAUACGAAGUUGCAAUAUUGUUUGACUUUAUACUAUAUGAAUAAUACUAUAGCUACUAUUGGAAGUA